AUGUCUUGUUUUUAUUGUUUAGCCACGACCGGGAUUGGCGUCUCCCUCGCUAUUUUUUAUGUUGUUGAAUCCAAUCGCUAUGCGGAACAGCUGUACGAGGAUUUACUCUAUUACUAUAAUAAAAAUGUACGACCAGUCAAGAAUGCUAGUGAAAGCAUAAAAGUCAAAUUCGGUGCUUCGCUUAUACGAAUUAUUGAUGUGGAUGAAGUCAACCAAGUUUUGACAACCAAUCUAUGGCUGGAGAUGCAAUGGUUCGACUACAAGUUGACCUGGGAUCCAGCACGAUGGGGUGGCAUUAGGAAGCUGCACAUACCUUCUGACCAGAUAUGGAUCCCAGACAUUUUGCUCUACAACAAUGCCGAUGGAGAGCCUCACAUCAGCAUUCUUAGUGAUGCCUUAGUCUACCAUAAUGGUCUAAUAGUGUGGAAACCACCGAGCAUCUACAAAUCCUUUUGCCCCAUUAACAUCGAAUAUUUUCCUUAUGAUUCUCAAUCCUGUACGUUAAAGUUUGGAGGUUGGAGCUAUAAUGGUUUCCUUCUUGACGUCCGACAGUUGCCGGUUAGUUUACAUAGGUACAAAUCUUCAAGAACAAUCAAAACAAGAACGUUUUAGUC